GUUGGUGGUGGUGAGCGACGAACAGGAGUACCGCCUCACCCGCUACCUCAUGGCCAACUACGACGCCUCUGUCAGACCAGCCAGGAACUCCUCCGAGGCGCUCUCCGUGGUCUUCGGUCUCUCCCUCCACAGCAUCAUAGACGUGGACGAGAAGAACCAGAUUCUCACGACCAACUGCUGGCUAACACAGAUAUGGACGGACGCUCACCUCACCUGGAAUUCCUCUGACUUCGGCGGCAUCCAGGUGAUCCGAGUGCCCUUCCAGCGUGUAUGGAAACCUGACAUCAUCCUCUAUAACAACGCCGACGCCCAGCACUCGGCGGCGACCAUCAACAACGUGAUCGUAACGUCAAAGGGAGUAACUGGCUCACACUUACUCCAGCUAUCGUUCCUCCCAGACAUGAACGUCGAGUACUUCCCCUUUGACAUCCAGUCCUGCAAGAUGAUGUGGGCGUCCUGGACCUACGACGGAUACCAGCUGGACUUGGUGAAACAGAUGGACGAGGGCGACAUGUCCAACUACAAGUCCAACGGGGAGUUCGACCUGGUAGAGUUCACGGCCGCCAAGAACAUCACCUACUACUCCUGCUGCCCGGAACCUUACCCCGACAUCACCUUCACCAUCAAGCUCCGGCGACGACCCAUGUUCUACGUGUUCAACCUCAUUCUCCCCUGUGUCCUCAUUAAUGGAAUAGCGCUGCUAGUGUUCUACGUGCCCAGUGAGUCGGGAGAGAAGGUCACCCUGGGCAUCUCGGCGCUGCUCUCAAUGACUGUUUUCCUCAUGACCAUCAGGGAGUCGCUGCCCCCCACGGAGAAGACCCCCCUAAUAAGUAUGUACUACGGGGUCACUAUCUGCCUAGUAAGCUUCGCGUCAGGUAUGUCCGUCGUCACACUGAACAUCCAUCACCGCGGUGUGAGAGGGACAGAGGUGCCGCGGCUCGUCAAGAUGGUGGUGCUGGGAUGGCUCUCCAAGCUGGUUUUCCUCCACUUCGAGCCGCCUGUGCUUCCUCCCGACGACAAAAAUGUUCAUCUCAACGACCUGAGACCAGACCGAGGUAUGAGACUUGACUCCAUCAGCGUUGAGAAGUUCCACAUGACGGAGCUCGAGAACGUAGAUCACUUCAGUGUAUCUCCCAGGUUCAAUCCCAGACGACACACAACGCCCAACAAUGACCCCACGCCCACGCCUACGCCCACCAUCACCGCCACUCAAACCUCAGACUUCGAGCAGCAGUUCAUGAGGGUGCUGAACAAGGUGUACCAGACCAUAGAAAAGAACGAGAUGAGACUUGGUGAGCAGGACCGUAAGGAGGCGACUAGGGUAGAGUGGCAACAGGUGGCGCUAGUGUUCGACAGGUUCCUGCUGGCGUGUUUCCUGUUGUCGACGGUGAUCGCCACUACCACCAUCCUCUUCUCCUCACCACACGGGCCAUGACGUCACUUCGCCGCCAUCUUCGGCAGUAGUAACGACACCUCCGUCAACCCUAACAAGCAAUAGAGCGCAACAUGAGUCACCGCCCACUCAGACGAUCCAGCGGGAGAGGUUUGAGUCAGAAAGAUGAGGAGACAGUAACGAGAGAGAGAGACGCAGUAUAUACAGCCUACCACAGUCCUCCCUACUAACACCAGGAAAGAAAAUGGGAACUGUGAGUCGAUAUUAAUUAUUUGACUAACAGGAAGAACACAAGGUUGUUGAGUUUAACACGAGAGGAAGCACAACCAGGGGGAAAAAUAAUCCUGUCAGCCCUCUGUCUCAUCCAUGAAUCCCGAAACUCAUGAACCUGUGAACCUGAGACAUCACACAGUGCGUCAUCUGUAGGCCCAAUAAUAUGUGAUGUCUCAGAGUCACAGGUUUAUGAUGGGACGGAGGACUGAUUGGACUUUUUCCCUGACUGUACAGCAAAUUUACUUAAUCUCUCUCACCAGACACAUAAUUUAUCUAUGUCAUUUACAACCAAAGUCGAGAAAAAAAUGUGUUAUUGUUAUCAUGUGAAGCAUCGAUCCAAAAAACAUACAAUACAACAUGAUAUUCAGUGUGAAAAAAAUGGAAAGUAAUUUGAAAUAACAGAGUAAAAUAACUUUGUAAAUUUGUCAGUUGAUGGAAGAAAAUUCUGCUUGACAUAUAUUGACGAAUUUUAUAUAUUUUGACAUUUGUUAUACCAAUUUAGGACAUUUUAUGAUAUUAAAAAAAAUGUGAGGGUUAGAGAUAUAUUUCAGUGUAAAUGAAGAGUGGAGAAGUUAGUGUGGUUUGUAAUGUGAGAAAGAGGCGAUAAGGUGAAGCUUUAGGGUGUGAUGGGCAUGUGUUUGUAAUAUGACUAUGGUAAUACUGUACUAGUAUCUUCUGUCUCUCUCUCUCUCUCUCUCUCUCUCUCUCUCUCUCUC